GUUCCUACGCUAAAAAGCACCCUCCAUCACGUUCGCGCACUGCGCCACGACCUUUAAUGGGCGCAGCUUCCCUGGAACCCAAUUACUCCCUCGACUCGGGUCUCGAGACAGCCUGACAGCCUCCGCUUGACCUCGUCGGCCGUGCGACUUUUUUCGCGAGAUUCAGCGAACGAAUCGCGAGAAAAUAUCUGUUUACCCACGAUAACGAUGUAAUUCGUGCGACGUUCUUUGCGAUCCCGGGAAAGGUCUUGUGAAAAUCGAACGUGCACACGAGAGACGCGAACUGUGUUUACCCCGAAGGUGUUGGUCGUUCACGAGAGUUUCGCGUCUUCGAAUCGUCUCUAAAUGCUGCCUCGUCAUCUGUCGAGAGUGAUCCGCGGAAGAGUGUACGAUGUCCCGUAAACGGUGCUCGCCGAAGAAAUCGAAAAGAGCGUGAAUGGUUUGUGAUUCCGUUCCAAGUUAGAUAGCCAAACUCCCACGGUUUCGUCCAUCGGGACUAAUCUUGAGAAGUGCGCGGUGAAUGUACAAUGAUCAUGUACACGGUCGCGGAAGAUCACAUGGGCGAUACCGAGAUCGCACAGGUGAUAGCUUUCAUAUGUGGAAUCAUUGUAAUAUUGUUGAUGAUAAUGGGUCUGGCUUCCACCGACUGGUUGAUGUCGUUAGGAUGGAGGCAAGGUCUGUUUGCACAUUGUAUAGAAGAGACUGCACCCACACCUCUGCCAUUUAACGUGCCAGACUCUGCAGGAUGUUUCCAAGCCAGAGACGUUGCUUACAUAAAAGCAGCUGCUGCCUUAUGUGUGGUCUGUCUGAUAACGGACAUCGCAGCAACGGUCUUCACUGGUCUUGGCCUGAGAUCACAGGAUAACCGCGAGAAGCACAAAUAUUAUAGAUUCGCAGUCUUCUGCAUGGGAUUUGCAUUGGUGUCACUUUUAAUAGCCCUAGUAAUAUAUCCAGUGUGCUUCGCGGCAGAGCUUAAUCUCGGAACGAAAACUGAUGUUACAGGAAACCGACCAAUGUGGGAGUUUGGUUGGGCGUACGGAGUCGGCUGGGGUGCAGCCAUAUUCUUGUUCGGGGGAGCGGUAUUGCUGUUAUGCGACAAGGAGAGCGAAGAAAUUUAUUAUAAGGAGAGGAAGAUCGUGCGCGACGACAUCGGCGGCGGCGGUGGUGGUUCUAUGAUUGGUAUGGGACAUCAUGGUGGACGAAGUGGGACGCAAUUAGCCUAGUGGCAUUGCUCCCUGCCCGACGUUGUUCUCUAGGUGAUUAAUUUCUUCUUUUUCUGUCCUCACCGUUUGAUACAUCAUACAUCACUCGCGACGAAAAUGAUACGUACACAUGUACAAGAGUGAAUGGUUUUUUAUACAUAGUCUACUUGUUACAUCGGCAUGUAUCGGACGAUAUACGAACGUCAUCUCAUCGACAAGGUUUGUAAGUUGACCGAGAACCGAUUAAAUUCGUCAUUGGUUACCAAUUUACAAUUUUUCUCGUAGUAACAAUUUCGGGACCAUCGAUCCGUUUAGUUCGCUACGAUGAUACGUGUAUCACGUAGUUGCAAACGUAUCUUACGCGGUGUAUUUGCCAUAUUGCUUUUUAAUUUACCAAUUAAUUCUUUUAUACCAUUGUGACGGCAUCGAUGUUUCUGCGUUUCUUAUGCGUGUAACAUCAAUCGGAUUUAUUAUCGCCAAGUUUCUCGUUCGCAAAAUUAUAUAAACAGACAUCACAGCGACAAGGAUAUAAAGAAUAUACGAAUUGAUAGAAUCGGACACUGCCUAUCUUUAGUCGAGCGAGGGAUGUAAAAAUUUUCGUUUCGCUUUAGCUAAUAUUUAUUAUCUUUAAUUUUUGAUAUAUUUGUAUAUAUUUAGAUGCUAGUAAUUUAUUAUUUGCUUCCAUCUAUUUCUUUUAUUAUUCAAAGUGAUAAUUUACUUUAAUCGAAUUUACCAACAUUUUUGGUUGGAAUUUUGCAAAGGAAUGAGAUUUAUAUAUUUAUGCUUUCGUAUAGAUAUUUUUUUCUAAUAAAACUUGGCCAAAAAUCGUUUCAAGCGAGACACCUCGUGAUUAUAUACACGCACACUAAGAACACGAACGAAAUUCCAACCAUUCUUAUUGAUCUUUAGUGCCAGAUAAAAAGCAACAGUUACGAAAGAAUCGAGUACUUCAUUACUCAUUACAUCACACAUCAUUAAUUACCGUCGAUCAAAUGAUUUUCUUUCUAACAGAGAUUUAUGGGAUUUUUGUACACGUUCUCCCAGUCUUCCUUUGUUUAUAAAACUUUAAACGAUUUUCUAUUGUAUUAUAAAACGUGCAAAUGCUACCUCCGAUAAUUUUUAUCUUUCGAGUACCGCUGUUCGAAUGAGAAGUAGUUUUAUUUGCAAGGGAAAAGCAUUUCCUGUAAUUCUUCCAAAUUUUCUGCGUCUCACACUAUUAAAAUAACAAUAAGAUUAGACAAUAAUUAUACUUUGCUUUAAAUUAGUUUAGAGAAUUUAUCUAUUAAAUUUGCUGAAACUACGCAUUUAUUUUUAUGACUAAGUUAAUCCAACUAAAUCGAAUUGAUCGAAAUUCCUUAAAACAUUGUUUUAAGCAUGUUAAUUUUAUAUGACGAGGGGAAAGAUUAGUAUGCGUCGUCGUACCGAGGAUAAUCAUACUGAAUCAUCAUCACUUACCAAAAAUGAACAUGUAUGCAAUGUGAGAGCUGACGUAUGUACGCGUUCUAGCAUUCACGGUAACGAUCUAUCUUCGAUGUUACAAUUGGUAAAAAGAAAAGUCGAGAGGGUAGCAUCGAAGAUUCGUUACAGGACGAAAAUACAAUUUCUAGCAGUAUUAUACAUUACAUAGUAACUCUUAAUUGGUAACCGUAUUUCUUUCUUCUUUCGCCUGAUUUCGAAUCGUGUAAAUGUUCAUGACUUCCGUUCACUUCCCCAUACGAGUCAUGUAAUAACAUUUUUUAUGUUCGAACACACACAGCACCAAAUGUUUAUGUGUGCGAUGGAAUAGAGGCAGCUCGGGCAGGUAUUAUCUAUUAUGUUAUCUGCAUUACAUACGUGUACGUAUAUGUAUAUAUAGGUAUUUUAUAAAUACAUGUAAUAGAACGAUACACCUGCAGAUAUAAUCGCGAUGAUCGUGCUUUCUAUCGCGAAAGUAAUAAUUCGUAAUUUUAACGCUAAGAAUGUUUAAAUGAGAGAACAGUGAGUUUAAUUCUUUACCAAACACUGUCGAUUUGCGCCUUUCGAUUUUUGAUAUACUUUUAACGAACAACUAAAGUAUCUUGUAUAAGACUAAGCGUACAACCGACUUAUCGGAAAAUUAUGUAUAGUGAAUUGAGUAUUCGUGAUCGGGCUUGUAUCUUUCAAUUAGAAUUGCAGUGUAUGUAGAUAACCAGUUAAUUCUUUGCUCUGCUAUCACGAUACAGGUAUGUGUAAGGAAACAAACGAGAUGAUUGUAAUUAAACGAUUAUAGAUAUAUUAUGUAGAAUUAAUAGAGCACCAUACCAGAGUAAAAAUAAAAGAAACACUAGCGGUUUGUUACGUAUAUAUAUAUAUUAUACAUAUACAGUUACUUAUCUAACAAAAAACGGAUUCUCUGUCGUGUAUAUUUUAGCUAACGUUUAAAUCGGAUGAUGGCCGUGUCGUUUUGUCUGUUAUGUGCUUCCUUUAUGCUUAUUCAAUUCCCAAAGAACAGAGGAACGCGAUAGAGAAACUUACGUUUUCAGAGGACCGUUUCGACGAUGGUUUUCUUAUUAUUUUAUACAACCCGCAUUAUACUUCGACGUGUUAGAAGGAUAUCGUUUAAUCGAAUCAACUAUUUACAAGAACAAAACUAUGUCGUAGUGGGAUUCAUUGUACGUGCAAAAGGUGUCACCUAAACUAAAUUGACGAAGUAGCGAAACGUAAUACUUAACAUUUCAUAACAUUGUAUAGUACACAUAUCGUACUUAUCCACGCAUAUCGUAGUAGGUAUCAUGAGAAAUAUUAUCAGAUUAAGAGAAGAUAAAGGGUAUAAAUUCGUUUUCCUUAUCGAGAAAUAUUGAAAAUGAUGUUAGUAGAAAAUUAUUUAUGCGCCAUAUUACAAUGUAAAACAUAUCGUCAAAUUGUACAAAGAAUAAAGUACCUAUAUACCUGAAAA